UCCGUAGCCAAUCACAUACCUUUAAUAGUGUGCCACGAAGGCCCCCCGAACGGACAUAAACUCCCAAACAGUUCUGGUAGCUACACCGUGACUGUUUUCUUUUCACCCGUCAUAUUUUUUCUCCAUGAGUUCCCUCGCUUCACUGAGCCAAACCCUCGACGUGUCGAGCACCGGUUUGUUCGUUCAAAUAUACUCUCAGCGCCCGUUGAAGCUUUGAGGCCUACUUCAGCCUAGUCUAGAUUAGCCUAGAGGCUAACCAGAAGAAUGCGUCGUGUGUGGAAACAGGACGCGAGAACAACACCGGCGGCAGAAAAGUUCCCUGAAGAACUUUGGGGCGCAAACGUUGUUCUUCACAGACUAGAAGAUGGCAGUCAAUUGCAUCGUCCUGAACUCAAGGACUCUGCUCGCAUGGAAAAAGAGGAGGAGGAAGAGUUGCCAUGCAUUAAGAAGGUAGAGGAAGAAUGUGUCCACAUUAAAGAGGAGCGGGAGGAGUAUUUCAUUAGAGUUGAGAACCCCCGCAUUGAGGAGCAGCAGCAACCUCAUCCCCUCAAAACAGAGGAGGAGGAUCCUCCGUAUGUUAAAGAGGAGAUGAUGGGCAUUCCCAAAUGGACUGGUGAGCCUUUGAAGGGUGAAGAUGGAGGUCUGAGUAAGACCAGCAGAGGGGCGGAGCCUCAGAGUGGUGGCAGCAGCAGUUCAACAGCAGGAUCCAAAGCAGACAACUUCAUCACUCGACCGUCAGAUAGCGACGAUGUCACAUCACUGUUCUGUUUUAGGAGAUAUCUUGCUGAAUGGCAGGAGCCAGAAUCUCCUGGCUGUAAAGAGAAUGUUGAGCUCCCCCAAAUCAAAGAGGAGGAGGAGCCAGAGCCCUGUCAACAGAAGCAACUUCCAAUCAAAAAGGAGGAGGAGGAGGAGCUGCUAUAUGGUAAAGAGGAGGAAAAGGAGGAGAAUAUCACCAGGUGGACUGGUGAGCACUUGAAGAGUGAAGAUGGUCCAAGUAACGCCGGCAGAGGGGCGGAGCCUCCAAGCGAGGGGAGUCGCAGUAGCUCAACAGAAGAAUUGCAAGCAGACAUUUUCAUCGCUCCAUCAAACAGAAAUGGCACCACGUCACACUCACUUUACAAUGAUGAUGGUCAUAAGAAAUCUUACAGUGACAACAAACUCUAUAAAUGCUGUCAGUGUGGAAAAACCUUUGCUACCAAGCAAUCAUGUUGUGUGCAUAUGAGGAGUCACACUGGUGAAAAACCUUUUUCCUGCGCAGUUUGUGGUCAAACAUUCAGUCACAAGAUCACCUUAAAACGACACACAAGAACCCACACAGGCGAAAAACCUUAUUCCUGCUCAGUUUGUGAUCAAAGAUUCAGUAAUAAUAGCAACUUAAAACAACAUACAAGAACCCACACUGGCGAAAAACCUUUUCCCUGCUCAGUUUGUGGUCAAAGAUUCGCUCAAAAGCAAUACUUGGAAGUACACAUAAGAACCCACACUGGUGAUAAACCUUUUUCCUGCUCAUUUUGUGGUCAAAGAUUCAGUCAAAAGAGCUCCUUAAAAAACCACACAAGAACACACACUGGCGAAAAACCUUUUUCCUGCUCAGUUUGUGGUCAAAGAUUCGCUCAAAAGCAAUAUUUAAAAAGUCACGAAAGAACUCACACUGGCGAGAAACCUUUUUCCUGUUCAAUUUGUGAUCAAGGAUUCUCUCAAAAGCAAAACUUGAAAAUACACAUGAGAACCCACACUGGUGAUAAACCUUUUUCCUGCUCAGUUUGUGAUCAAAGAUUCAGUAACAAUAGCAACUUAAAACAACAUACAAGAACACACACUGGCAAAAAACCUUUUUCCUGCUCAGUUUGUGGUCAAAGAUUCGCUCAAAAGCAAUACUUGAAAGUACACAAAAGAACUCACACUGGCGAAAAACCUUUUUCCUGCUCAGUUUGUGGUCAAAGAUUCGCUCGGAAGGAUCAGAUGAAGAGACAUGUGUGUGUUGAUGUGAAAAGUAGUGGCCAAUGACUGUUUUGCCUGUCAUCCAUGCUGGCUUCAUCAGAUUUUGCACGCAGGUGAGGUUAGGGUUGGGGGUUAUGUUCAUAUUCGUGGUACACUUUUUUUUUGCGAUUGCAUUUUAGUUUGGACUUUGCCAUUUUGUGUUUUACCUUCUCUGGCCCUUAACGUCUUUCCCUUGGUUCUCUCGCCGACUGGCAUUAUUUCUAUCAUAAUCUCCUAUUUUAACUACACUUUUCACAUUUAAUAUUUGAAACUGCAGACCCCCAAAAUUUAAAAUAAUUUAUAAAAAUUGUCUUUAAAUAAAUAUGGAAGUUUAGAAUACAUUGUUCACUAUUGGAAAAAAAAACAAACAAAAAAAACUGGCUCACAAAUGAGUUUUUUGUGUGGGGGAUAAUGUAAAUAUGUUAGAGCUGAAACGAAUACUCGAGCAACUCGAGUUUAAAAACUGAGCCGAGUAAUUUUAUUCACCUCGAGGAAUCGUUUAAUUUUGCCAGCUCAAAGCAUCACGUUUUGCCCGGACUACUUUUAAUGCGGGACAACGCGCUGACGUCACGUGCGUACAGGAAGACGCAAUAAUUAAAAAAAAAAAAAACUUACCGCAGCCGACAGGCCCUACAGCCGCUACAAACUACGCCGACGUUGCUAAAAACUACGCCCACAUGAUGCUAGUGUGGUAGCAGAUAGUGUCCGAUGCGUCUCAUAGAUAACGCAUGCAUUUAGGAAUAGAUGCGAUAUGACGGACUCGGCCGCAUCUGGGCAGCGUUGGUAAACAGCCGCCAUCUUUAAGCAGUAGACUUCUCUUCGCUAGUAAAUAUAACGUUACUGUCACACGAUCACGUAACGUUAGCUACUCGGAGGGCUAGGUUUUUAUUGAUUAUGACCACUGUCGAUGCGUGGCUAACGUGUCUUACAUACAGGCUUUAUUUAAUCAGUAAAAACACAGCGCUGUAGAGUGAUGAGGGUGUAAAAUUAAAACAUAAUAAAGAUCACUGUCAGUUUUAGCUCAGUAGUCACCAAGUAGCACUGGUCCCUAAUGUGCUCCAAUACAGCAGGUAUCAUACAUUUAUUUUGAUCACUGCAAAAACUCAAAAUCCUAUCAGUACUUACAGUUUAGACUAACUCAAAACUUAAAUAGAACUUAAAACUAGCUUGACACAAAUGGAAAUUAAAUUGAAAUAAGUGGGGAAAAACACGUAGCUUUCAAGUGAUGUGCGUUAUCAAGCGUAAUUAGUACGUAAUUGGUACGAAUUUUUUAUUUUUUAUAUAAGAUCUAGAAGUUUUUUGAGUGAAAGCAGUGAAUUUUUUUGGGGGCAAUUGUUGGCUGGUCUCAACAAUGUACAUCGAAAAUAAAGACAUUGAUUGACUGAAAAUGGUCCAAUAUUGGAUUGAAUGUCUUUUUUCUCAUGUAUAUGUAUAAUUGCUCUUUACCUAAAAAUUUUUUUAUCCGAUUACUCGAUUAAUCGAUAGAAUUUUCAGGUGAUUACUCGAUUACUAAAAUAUUCGAUAGCUGCAGCCCUAACAUAUAUAUAUAUAUAUAUAUAUAUAUAUAUAUAUAUAUUAAACAAUCACUAUUAUUACUCAUGAUUUACAGAGUAUGAGGGCCAAAUAAAGAAAAAUGAAAAAGAAUAAAGGACUGACAGUAAAGUCAUGUUCUUACUACAAAAUUUUUUUUUUUUUCUUGUAGCAAGUCAAGUUUUGGUAUAUCAUUUUUGUUAAAAAUAAAGAAAUAAAGCACACAGAAUCAUUUCUGUAUUCAACUUUGCAAAUUAUCUAUGUUUUGUGUUGAAAAUGUUUUUGUUUGUUAAUAACAUGUUCACCACCUGAUACCUACAGGGGUCGCAUUGAAUAAUGCGCUAUUGGAAUGGAAAAGUUCACUGUUGCCAUGGUUUGUUUGUAAUAAAUUCUACACAAACUUCCUCGUCUGUGUUGAAUCCACAUUAUACGGCUUGCCGUUUCAUUACAAAGUGGCCUUAUUUACUCUCCCUUUCAAACUAGUUUUCACUUUUAAUAUUUGAAACAGCAGACCCCAAAUUCCAAAAAUUAAAAAUCAUUCAAAGUACUGUAAUGAAAUUAAUAUGGAAAAUUAGAAUAUAUUGUUCAAUAUUGCAAAAAUACUAAUUAUAAAAAAAUCAAUUCUGGCUCACUACUGAGUUUUUUUGUGGGGGGGUUAACGUUACCAUGGCGCAAAAAUGAAUUUUUACUGUGCAAAAACUGACAUUUUCUAAAAUUCAAUUGGAGGUCGAAAAUGAACAUGAUUAUGAUGAUGGUUCUAUAAUUGUGCCCAGUGGGGAAAAGUUAGCUGCAGAUCUAGACUGAGGAGUCCCGAAAGGAAAUCCAUCAUUGGUGUCUUCAAAUAGGUAGGUUAUAUUUUGUAGCCAUAAUAAUAAUACUUGGUGUUGCUGUUGAUCUUCCGGCGUGAAGAGCUGUUGGUUAUUUAUUUUAGUGUUGUGAAGAGGGGGUGUUAAACCGAGGCGUAUUGGAGCUUUUAGUUUUCAAAUGUGUUCGUGUGUCAUUGCGCCGUCUAGCUGCGGGGAUUUGCAUAAUCAUACACGGUGACUUUUAUUUCCAAUACCAGAACUCCAGGUGAAAUCGAACGCUGUCUUUAUAGUAGCUUAGUAGUAUCACGUAAACUAUUCGGCAUGCGUUUGUACUGCCAUCGCGCACGCCUUGUAUGGAGAAAACGCGCGAUCAUGACAAAUUUGGACCGAAACGGCUGUUUUUGGAUGGAAAAAACUAAAACGGAUCCUCAGCACCCACUGCUGUGACUUCCAGCGUCCCUGUACCAGCCCCCGCCGAUGAAAAUCUCUUGUCUCUGCUUCAAAGUGCUUGUACCUCAGCACUUGUUUAUUUUUAGUCAUAAUUAAUACCUUUUUAUUCAGUCCACUACAUUUAAAUGUACUUUUUAUAUUUUAUCCUAAUAUUCUGUGGUGGGUAGAGUAGCCAAAGUUUUUAAUCAAGUAAGACGAGCGUUUCUUCUAAAUAAUAUUACUUUAAGGAAAAAAAAAAUGUACUCGUUGAAAAGAAGACUCAAGUAAUGAGUAACAUUGUGAGUAACUGCUUACCAUGUCAAUUUGUUUUUGUUUUUUUAAAUAAUGGUAUUGAUAUUUUUUUUUUAAUGGUAUUUCUUAAA